UAUUAGAAACAGUCACACAGAGACAGGGUGUAAGUUCCAGGAGUUGGUGUGGAUCCGAAAGGCUGAACUCAGAAUGAAGACCCUCCUCAUCUUCACCCUCUUCCUGAUUUCAGUAGGUGGAGAAGACUCUAUAGACGUGACGGGAUAUUCAGGAGGAGGAGUCCUCAUCAAGUGUGAAUACGACAGAGGAUACACAUCAAACCAGAAAUAUCUCUGUAAGGGUCCAUGGUCAACCUGUGCUGACCAGAUCAAGACCGGAGUUAAAAAUAAGUGGAUAAACAGAGGAAGAUUCUCACUGUUUGACGACACCAGUGCUGCACAGUUCUGGGUGGUGAUCAGGGAGCUCACUGUAGAGGAUUCUGGAACGUACCACUGUGGAGUUGAUAAAUCUGCCUUUGACUUCUACACACCAGUGAAACUGAAGGUAGAGGAAGAUCAAGACUACGAGAAGAGCAUCAGUGUGACUGGCCAUGUAGGGGGAAGUGUCAACAUCAGCUGCAAAUACCCACAAUCCCACAGCAGUGACCCCAAGUUCCUCUGUAGAAUGAUGGACACUGCUGGCUGUAAUUAUAAAACAUCAGUUAAACAGAGCAGAAGAUGGAUAAAUGAGGGAAAGUUCUCUCUGCAUGAUGACAGAGCAAGGCAGAUCUUCACUGUGAUCAUCAACCGUCUGACUGAGGGAGACUCUGGUGAAUACUGGUGUGGAGCUGAAUCAGACUGGACAUCUGACCAUGGAUACAAGGCCUAUAUCACCCAGAUGAACCUCAGAGUUACUGAAUCACCAAUAUCAAGAAACCAGACAUCAGUCAGUGAGCCACCUGCCUUCACUCCAUCACCUGUCUUCCUUGUACAAACCUCAACAUGGCCAGUUCAAUCAUCUGCCGUACAACUUGUACAGAGUAACUCAACAGGUCCUGCCAUAUACUCCUCUAUCAGUGUUGGGAUUGUGUUGUUAACCAUUGGUCUGGUUACAGCAUUCUACUACAAAAUAAAACCCAAAGGUGGAGAAACAGUGAUGCGAUAUUCCGGACAGGUGCUCCACAGUUUGGACACCACCACUAACCAACCAGAUUUAGUUUACCAAAGUCUGGACACCACCACUAACCAAUCAGAUUCCGUCUACCAGAGUUUGGACAUCAUCAAUAACCAACCAGAUUCAGUCUACCAGAGUCUGGACAUCACCAAAAACCAAUCAGAUGCAGUCUACCAACUUGAGUUUGAACCUCACUACAGUUUAACUGAAGUGUCAGUCUAUGAAUACAGGUGAAAUAUGAGGAUGCACUUUGGAAUUCUUAAGCUAAAUAUAUGUAGAAUAUAAAGCUGUUAGAGAAAAAUGGCCAGUGUUUUUAUUCAACACCUGUUUUAAUGCUUUUACCUUUUGUAUUAAUUCUUCUUAAGCAUGUUUAAGUAGUUGUCAUAUUUCACUAAUAUCACUAUACUUACUAAAAUACAUAUAUUUUUAACAACCUGCAAGUAAUUUUUCUGUGCUUUUAAAGGAUAAAGAAUACAUGUGUUUAUAUCAUAUAGUGUACUAAAAUAUGACUGCAAUGCAGUGUGAUUUAUUAAGGUUAUAUAUGUUUGCAUUAAA